CGCUAAAUACGGUACGGUACUCGUAGUGUUGUUUAGGUGCGUUACUUCGCAUUAUUGUCCCUGACUAAUAUUACUCUGUUCGAACGUAAAGCAUCAAGAGAGUUAACUCUCACCACCAUCAAGAACUGUCAAUAAUUACAUUUAUCUAGUUGCAAUCCUUACAACACAAGCAAUACGAUUUUAAAACAAACCGAGUGGAGAAAAGAAGCCACAGCUAAGCUUCGUUUGUAUGUUCCGUAGGCACAGAUAAUUUCGAGUACGCUAGUACAGUACUUGACAGCCUUCCUUUUGAGUUGAAAGUAAAGGAAACCAAGAAAAUAAGAUGGACUUGACUUGUGUAAUCUGCACCGAAAACUUUGACCUGAAAGAGCACAUACCGGUAGUGCUUCCCUGUGGCCACACAUACAUUUGUAGGGUGUGCGUCAAAAAAAUCAAAAUAUGCCACCAAUGUAGGGAACCUCUCUAUUGGACUCCUCCAAGGCCCCAGCCACCACCACAUUCCAUAACCAACCACCCACACCGAUCGCCAGCGACUGGUCGUUAUUCCCGCUAUAACAACCGCUACUCGCACACUCACUCGCCGUCCACGCCGCCUCACCCGGGGACCGGUGUCACCAAACCCGAAGAAAUCCCUCUUCCGUGCCCCAAGAAUGUUGUUCUGAUGGAGGUGAUCGAGGCGAAGCAGCGGCAGGAACGGUUGAUGGCGGAGCAGAAGGCACGAAAGGAUCAAAAGCGAAAGGAGCAACGGGACGAAAAGGAACGCAAGCGGAGGGAGCGCCGAGAGGAACAAAAGCGGCUUCGGGCUUCGCGUCAGGCUGAUACUACUCCUGGUUCGUAUCGACCGGGGACGCACUGCGACGGCCAGCUAAAUGAAAUAGAAGUAGUAGAUAUAGAGGGCGAUCAAGUCAAAAAUCACGUGGUGUGUGGCAACGAUGGCCAAUCGGAGGAAGAGGAGGACUAUGACUACGACGACGAGAUCUCGUCUUCAUCGUCGUCGACGCUACCCUUGGGGGAUCCGGAAUUGAAUUCUGGGUACGCCGCUCUGUCGGGAACGUGCGGCACAUAUGCAGUAAGAGAACCGGAAGGCUUGGUGGUCUUGCCUUACGAUCCGACGCGGCCCAAACAUCACAUCACUACUUCUACUCAACAGCAACGCGAGCGCCAAGAACCMAUGAGCGACGAAAAGAAGGAAGACGAAUUCGAAGACAUUAGCAGGAAGUUUUCCUCCCUUUUCACUGAUAAUGCCAAAAGCAGUGAUGCCGCAAUAGCUUUGAAUGAUAACAAAGGUGGCAGUUGCGCCGGUAGUCGAACUAGGGAACCGUUCACCAUCGAACAAGGACAAAAGGUACAGGUAGUGGGUGUGCUGGAAUCGAACGAUCAGGGGGUUUACCAAUUAGCUCGAGGAAGGGGAUACGUUGUCGCAACGACCAAACAACUUGUGAAGGGUGCGUAAAUGAAAACUUCAUUCGUCAUUGCAUAACCACUCAUUGUUUUUUAGGGCUAUUGCUGAUCAUCCCAUUCUGGUUUGUUCUUGGUUCUUGUGGUUUGUUUGCUUUGGUCUUCUCCACUAUAUCUCACGUCUUCGGAUUUUUCUCCAUCCAAUUGGAUGGAACUACUUGUAUCUAUACACGCGUGCACACACACAUGAUAUCUUGCAGUUGGUGGGCCAAUGGAAACAUCGUGCAAACUAGAAGGGAUGCUACAAUCGGUGAUGGGAAAACAACAAGAAUUGCACAAGAAGCUUAAUCAAGUCACAGACUUAUCGAUGAUGCUUCGAAAAGAAAUUAUCCUGGAGCAAGACAAGACGGAAGAAGUGCCUGUCAUUACACCCUCAAUCCAGAAGAAAAGUGCUAGCGGCACGGGCGUCGAUGAAAAAAAUGGUGACGCACACCCCACGACUCCGACCAAGAGAUUAACAGCGGCUCACUCGCACUCUCCCGCUGAAGGCAGCCUUGGUGUGACUUCUAUCGCAUCGGCAGAUUCGACGGCCGUAGAGCUGGGAAUGGAGAAUCCGAGGACACCGUGCCCACCAUCGACCACCGCAUCCGGUUCAUACGUCGAAGAGCAUCCGCUCGCGGCGGCGUACAACCGACAACAAUACCACCCACCACAAACAAACCACUAUGCAUAUUCUCCUGCGCAUUCAUGCCCGACGCCGACGAACCAUGUCGAGGCGGCGCAUCUAGAACAACCCUUCCUUGACGAUGAUUCCACGUAUGGGUCGGGUGUUCUUCGCUACCGUGUCAACAACGACGACGAGAUGUCCGGAAUGGGCUGGGCAGGAGUCUUGGGAUGCGGAUCGUCGUUGUUUGGCGAGCGUCUCCUACAACCAACCCAACGUGAGGCGGACGCUGCGGGAACUAUCUUUCAUUCGACCGCGAAUGUGAAUCGAGAGUUUCUGGGCAUGGCCGAAAAUUCUCUGAUCCAGAAUUCCAAUGUGCAGAGACGGGCGGAAGCGCUGGCACAGGUCGCUGCUGCUGGAGCGACCACCAGUCUACGGCAACAUCGCACCCUCGAAUCCAGCGGAUCUGCGGACUCGCCACUGCGAAGGGGCGGGUCCUUUGACGCGGGCGUGGGAGGAGGCAGUGUCAAUUUUCGGGGAGGAUACAGCAACCAUGGCGGGCUUGGAAGGACCAGGCGGAAUUUGUACGAUCAACAAGGAACACACAACAGGAACGCAAGCAUGACCAAUGCCCACCACAGUGGUGAAUCCCACGAGCCAAGGCGACAGUUGAUGAUGUCACAAAUGUCUCAGCAUCGUGGGGUAGGUGUUGCAUCCAUACAGCGACGAGGGCUGAAUGCGGACCUUGUGCAAAUGAGCAGCAGCCGAUAAAACACAAUGCAACAAAACGCAACAGACUAUUUUCUUCGAACCUGCGCCACGCUCGCAAUAGUUUGAGGUCGCGACGGUUUGGUCCACAAGAUACGGCAUUGUGUGCCGACAGUUUUAAUGAUCUCGUUCGACCGAUGUUGAGUCGAUGAUUGGAUUUUGAUGACAAAGUCUCGAUCUACUGCGUACAAAUCAAUGAUAAUAGAACUGAACAGCACAACCAAGUACAAAGUAAAGCAGUACGUGGGUUGGACAUGUUCAAACACACCAUACUA